AGUUGAUAUUUUGUCACUGCUGAUCAAACAACGUGUGUUUUUUUUUUAAACGUAUUUUAAAAAUUUCGUGUGUUUUUUUAAAUAAAUAAGAAAAUAAUUAUUUCGUUAUUUUGUGCAAUUUGUAAUUAAGAGAAAAGAGUAUUAAUAAAUAAAUACAAAUAAAAUAGAAAAUUUGUUUCAUAAAAGUGAAUACAAAAAGAAAAGUGUUUAAAAUUUUUACACGCAAAUUGGCGGAAGAAAUAAAUUAACUAAAAAAUUAACAAAUUUAUUUUUAAAAAAAGUGUCUGCGUUGCAACAUAAAAAAGUGUUAAACAAUUAAAAUCGUAUAAAUACAUAUUUAUUUUGUGAAUUAAAACAGAGAAAAAAAGCAAAAAAUCUAAAUAUAAAUUCAAUAAAAAGCAGUUGGUAACAAAAACAUAAAAAAUAAAAUAAAAAAUUUAAUAAAGAGAGGGAUAGAAAAACCCCACGAAAGAGCGUAAACAAAACAAAAACCACAACAACCUCUUAGUUUUUGUGGAUUUUCCUUUUUUUCUUAAAGGGAAAAUCAAAAUUUUCGAUUCGGUGUCCGCAACGUUUAGCGCCCGAUUUUUUACUAUUUUUAUAGUUUCCAAUGUAGCCCUUUGGGUUUUUCUUAACACGAGCGUGAGUGUGAUAAGUUUCUAUGAACAGAGUUCGUGUUAAUUGUGAAAUUUCAUUUAAUUUACAAUUAUUAAUAUUAAAUGCUAUUUACAUUUUAUAUAAUUUCGUUCUACGUCCAUCUCGAGAAAGCAAUAUUGGCUGAAUUUGUUUUAAGAAAGAACAACAAUUAGUGUAGUAAUUUUGUAAAUAAAUUCUCUCCAGUUCAUUUAAUUUUGUUGUGAGUCAGUCACGAGAUAUUGGAAUUUUUGGUAUUUCAAUGGGGUGACUUGUGAAAUUUAAUUUAACUCCUGAACCCGGGACUAAAAGGGAAAUUUAUACAAUAAAUCCGUUCCUGACAAAAGACAAACUUUUUUCUACACUAAAACACAAUAUUUUUGGCCUUGAAAACACCAAAGAAAAACACCCUUUAAGUAAUUUUCCUACAUAACUCUAAUAAGCAACUAAAUACAGGAAUUUUAUACUACUCCAAAAUCUAUCUACAACUAAACCCUCCAGAAAUAAAGUACUUAUUAAUUUAUUGCAAAUCUAAACGAAUCUAUCAUCAAAAAACUCCCCCUCCCUCUAAUUUGAAACAACAAUAAUACAUCACUAAAAGAAGAAGAGAAAGCAAAGGAAAUCUAAAAAGGGAAGUUGAGAAAGUAAAACAUCAAUUCAAAAUUCCCUUAUAAAGACUUUCUCCGAUGACCAACAAGGUCGUUUUAAAAGAGAAAGUAGACACCCACUACUGCUGCUCGGGUCAGUACGUUAUAGUUGAGGACAAUACAAACGCUAAAAUCCUGUCUGCCCAGGGACACUCAUAUGCUGCCAGAGCUGAUUUGAACUAUUCGAAAUAACGCUAAGGACUAGUACAAAAAAAAAAUAGAUCGGAAUCUCCUUUCGAACAGCUCAAUUAGAGUAAAUACUCGAAUUUAUUUAUAAUUUCGAAACACAACUCUUAAACGAGAAGAAAAGAGUAAGUGUUUCCUCGUGAGAGCAAUUUUUGAGUUUCUUGUUUAUAUUUUCGGCUUCAAAACGGCGGGUACAGUUUUAAAAGUUGUUGGCGCAUCAUGGCAAAAGACCCGCAUUGGGACGUACAUUCUAAUCGGUGCUGGUUUGCUAGUGAUUGGUGCCUUCUUCAUUAGUUACAUCGAACGUCCAGAAUAUGAUGGUACCUAUUGUGCUACGGCAUUUUGGACAAAAAAAGUUGGCUUCCAAAUCGAGUAUUGGAAGCAACAAAAUGAUCUUCUUAACAUUCCAAAAGGUGCUGCUAGAAUAUGUUAUAAGGAUUCCAUCUAUGAGAAUGGCUGGGCCCAAAUCGAAAUAGAGACACAACGCACGUUUCCCGAUUGGGUACAGGCCUAUGGUGCUGGUAUUAUAGAAGGAUCCUUAACCUGGAAACAGGUUUAUCAUCAAUGGUUAAACACCAUCCAAUCAUCCUGUGAACGUGACGAAGAAGCCCAAAACUUUUGUACCUGGCUGCGAGAUCUAUUAACAGAGAACUAUGUAAAAAUUAAAGAGAAUGCCGUAUUAAGACAAGAAAACGAUCAUUAUUGGCAUCAAAUUAGUUUGUACUUCAAUCAAUUGGAAGGUCUGGAAACUGGCUAUAGACAAGGGGCGAAGAGAGCACGUUCUGAUCUGGAAGAAGAAAUACCAUUUCCUGACUUUCUACUAAUGAAUUCGGCAGCCGAUAUACAAGAUUUGAGAAUCUACUAUGAGAAUUAUGUUGUAGCAGGGGUAAAUCGCACCGAAGAGGGUGAUGCAACUGGGGCGGAGAUGGCAGAUAAAAAUUUCAACUUACCCAGUGCUACUAUGCUGACGAAAAUCUUUCAGGCCGAUGAUUCGCCCACCUGGCAGUUGUUAUUUGGUCACAGCACCGCAGGCAGUUAUGCCUCUAUGUUGAGAAUACAAAAACGCUACAAGUUCCAUUAUCAUUUUGGUCCCAACCAAAGAACUAAUACAGUGCCGGGAGUGGAUAUUACUUUUACCGGUUAUCCGGGUAUUUUGGCCUCCACAGAUGAUUUCUAUGUGGUAAAAGGAAGACAAGUUCAAUCUAUAGUGGCUGGUGUGGGCAUUAAAAAUAACAAUUUAGCUUUGUGGAAAACGGUGGAUGUAAAUGAAGCCAUGCCUUUAGCGGCACGAGUUAUGGCCGCCAAUCGUAUAGCGCAAAAUCGUAAAACGUGGUCUAAGGCCAUGUCACGACAUCCUUUCACCGGUUCGAAACAAUGGAUUACCGUGGAUUUAAAUAAACUAGGACCUUUAGAUAAUUUAUAUAGAACUUUGGAAGAGGACGAGAAAUUAGAUGAUAAACCAGUGGCAUUAAAUCCCAAUGAUGAGGCUGCCAUUACCGAACGUUUAAAUCGUUUCAAGGGUCUGGUAUGGAUUGCCGAACAAUUACCGGGACGUUUACAUAUGAAAGAUGUUACCGAACAAUUCUUAAGUGAUAAUAACACCGCCUGGUUAGCUAAUGGUACUCCCUAUUUUGAGGAGAUUUUAGAAGCUAGUAAAGUGGAAAGUGGUUCCUAUCCCGUUAAUCUUACACCUUCAGACAAUGAGGAGCUGACAAACUUAGAGGCUGUAGACAAGUUUUUAAGAACUCACGGUUUUCGAGGAGAUCUCCUGGGAGAGGAUUCUUCGGUGGCUUAUGGUAACAUUGAUAUCAAACUAUUUGCCUAUAAUGCCCGCUUGGGGGUCAGCGAUUAUCAUGCUUUUGCUGGUCCCGUCUUCAUGCGUCUGCAGCAUAUGCAGGUUAGAUCAAUAACCGAGGAAACAUCACAGUCUGAGGGCACUAUAAAUUCAUCCAUAUUGGAUGAUCGUCUUAGUGUCACCAUAGACGAUGCUGCUGAAUUGGCUGAAUUAGAAAUGAUUACAGAACGUAGACCUGUAAGAAAUGACAUGAAAGCCUUGGCCAUGCGUCAGUCGGGCAUAGGACCGUUUAAAUGGUCUUCGGCUCAAAGCAAUAUGGCGGAUAUAGAACACGCUGGCCAUCCAGAUGAAUGGAAUUUUGGCAAAGUUUCCCCCAAAUGGGCGUGGUAGCAAAUUAGUUUAAUUAUUAUACAAGUAGUGCUCAAUCAUUUCCAAUAAAA